CUCUCCCCGCUCCCACUCUCCCUCUCAGCCAGCUGAACAGCCCCUUGCAGGGGAAACUUGAGUUUCUUCUCCUGUCCUGGGUUCUACACUCACUUAUUAGGGAAAUCCGGGGGCUUUGAGUUGCCAGCUCCUGGGACAGGGACUUGCCUGCCUUUGUCUGGAGCUCACUGCCAGAUGCUUAUAAGAUCCGUUAUAACCUUGCCAUUCUGUUACUUCACAAACUCAGCACUUGUCAUUUAAAGACACAGCAACUGCUCUCAUCUCAACUUUCAGCGACUGUCCCCUGGAAGAGGCUGUGCUGCAGUGAGGAACCCUGGCAGGAAAUUUGUUGGUAACACAGUCCAAUGUAGACUUUCCUUCCAUUUCAUCGAAGGGGGUAGGGUCAAACUAGCAGUUGAAGAUGCAGGAGCCAGUUUCUGGAGAUGCGAAUGUGGUCCCUACCCCAUUGAGAGUGUCAGAGAUGAACCCAGCAGCCAACCCUCGACGUAUGCGACGGAUCAUUGCUGAGGACCCUGAGUGGUCCCUGGCCAUUGUUCCCCACCUCAGUGAGCUCUGCCUCCAGCACAUCGUCAACAACUUUGAAAAGAAUCCUAUUGUGAAUCAUCUCUUACCAGAGCACCAAAGAAAAGUGCUGGACAGGAUCUCCACAGGCCUGCCCCUCACAGUGACUGCCAACCUGAUCAGUGAUGAAGACUACUGGAAGAGGUGUUGCAUUGAGCGCUGGGCGGUGUGUGAUGUCUCCCAUUACGGGGCCAGUUGGAAGCGGAUGUUCUUUGAGCGCCACCUGGAGAACAUCCUGAAAUAUUUCAUCCCUAACACAACAGACCCCAACCAAGUCCUGGACAUCAUCCCGCUCUGUAAAGAGUAUGUGAGGAAGCUGGAAAUAGAUCAGUUCCUGCCACCGGUGAAGCUGGAUCAGAAGAAGGAAGAGGAUGACAUGUCUGAUUCUGGGAGUGAUGUUGGGCUUGAUGAAUUCUGCAUGCAUCACUAUGACCUAGGAGUGCUCACUGCUGCCCUCUCUCACCUAGAAGAGCUGCAUCUAACGUACGGUGUGAAAGACUGUGGCAUGAACUUUGAGUGGAGCCUCUUUGACUUCACCUAUAAGGACUGCUACUCUCUGGCCAAUGCUUUCAAGAAGUGCCGCGCCUUAAAAGUCUUCAAGCUGUGCCGGAGCAAAGUGGAUGAUGAAAAGGCCCGGCUGCUCAUACGGAAUUUGUUAGAUCACCCAUGCUUGGUGGAGCUGGACUUCUCCCACAAUCUGAUUGGGGACCGAGGAGCACGAGCCAUUGGCAAGCUGAUCAACCGCAGCAAGUUAAAAAUUCUCACUGUGUGUAAUAACCGGAUCCGAGCCCAAGGAGCCCAGGCUAUUGCUCAUGCCCUAGCCAAGAAUUCUACGCUGACCUCUCUGAAUCUGCGCCUCAACUGCAUUGAGGAUGAGGGUGGCCAGGCAGUAGGCCAUGCCCUGCUGACUAAUGCCACCUUGACAUCUAUCCAUCUGGGAGGCAAUGAAUUGUCAGAGCCGACAGCUACGCUUUUCUCCCAGGUCCUUGCUCAGAACACAGCUCUAACUAGCAUCAACCUUGCAUGCAACCACAUAGGUGUGGAUGGUGGGAAGCAGCUGCUGGAAGGAAUGUCAGAUAACAAGACCCUGACUGAAUUUGACCUGCGGCUGGCAGAGGUGGGGCAGGAGAGCGAGUAUCUCAUUAAACAAGCCCUGAAGGCUAACCAGGAAAUUGCCCGUCUGAAAACCAUGCACCAGCCAAAUUCCCUGGAAGAGAAAUACACAGACCUGGACUAGCCUAUUCCAUGCCCUUAUUUCCCUCUAUAGUCUUUGGAAUGAAAACUCUCUUCUCAUUGAGCAGCUGUGGCAAAGGACAUGAAUUCCUGAUUGGGGGAGCCAUAAGAAAUCAUAACAGGCAAUCUGGCAUCAGUGAGUAAGCCCUACCUGGCAGUUGGACCCCAAAGGAGAUUUCUCACUGGCUCCUUCAUACAGUGUGAUCAAAGUUUUACCAUUUUGCUAACUUCCCAGCCUGAGCUAGGUUCCCAUCGGCUUCAUACUGGCCAAAGUCCACCAUUAGGGUUACCAUAUUUGAACUUUCAAAAAAGAGGACACCCCUGAGAAGGAAUAUAUCUGUAUCAGUAUCUACCAACUCACGUGGUAUUAAUGUGUUACAUAAUAUAUACAACAUGAGUAUAAAUUGUAUAAUUAAUACCACGUGAGUUGGUAGAUAGAGAUACAUUCCCUCGCAGGGGUAUCCUCUUUUUUUUGAAAGUUCAAAUAUGGUAACCCUAUCCACCAUAUCAUUCUAGAAAUUACACAUGCUUCCUUUGUUCAAUAGAUUUUUCUCACCUCAUGUGCUCUAUUCAUUGUCUAAGUCACCUACUGGGAUUGGAAGCAUGCAUGCCUCUGAUAGCCAGCUCUUGGAAUAGCCUUUGCCCAUCUCGUUGCUGCUAUGCGACUGAAUGCCCUGAAUGCAGACUCAUUAAAGCUAUUCCCAAAGUUGGGGGUCUCAUGUGGUUCUGAUGCAAGAUGGUUUCAUGCUCUCAUGGGCUUUGGGAGCAAAGGAGGGUAAAUAAAAACCUGGCACUCAGCCUUUGGAACCAGCACACAGAGCUUGUGAGAUUGCCAUCACAAAGUGGGGGGCAAAGUUGUCAUGGAAGAGCCAAUAACAACAUGGGAAACCGUAUCUAUGGGACAUAAGCUUGCUCUGCAAAAGCUUUGACCAGCUGAACUCUUGCCGGAGCUCACCCACAGGGCCUGCCAUAAGGUCUAGAGUGGAAGAUAUGGGGCCACUAACCUUGAUACCUAAUUAUCAAAGUUCUUCCUUUAGGAGGGGUUUCUCUGGUGUCCAGACUGCCCUGUUUUGGCUUUCUUUCCCACACAAAACAGCCUGUCCUACAAAGCAGCCCCAAGCAGGUUCAUUUAAACAAGGGAGGGAAACAGCCCUUUGUCAUUCUCCCCAGGGGAUAGAGGCUGUGUGUCAUGGAUGGAAUCUGUGUUAAUGAAGCCCACUUCCUUCUAAAAUGAAGCUGAAGAUUUAGAUUCCCCAUCCACAGCAGGGCACAUGUGAGAGGGUUUUAUAAGUGCCAAGCUGACAGUGUGAGACGUUAACAUCUGUUUAGUCAUAGAGUAGGCACAGCACAGGCUUCCCCAUCCAAGACAGCUUGGAAAGCCACCUCGGAGGUAAAGGGAGGAGUUCAGUUCCCAUGCCAGUUUGCUCUUUCACCCCAGCAGUGCUGCUAGAUUGUGUGCUGCUGACAUCUGUCCAUGGGGAACUGCACUGAGACUCCCAAUGCGUGUCUUGAGAGGCUGAUUACCCCCAGGUAUGACUGAGGGGGCUUAUUACUCUCAGAUGUGAUUUCAACCUAGUACCUACCUCUCACAGGCUGGCCUGAAAAUUCAUCUCCUGGAGUUGGUUUCACAGUAUGGUUUGUAACCUUUUCAGUUAUUUUUCAUACAUAAAAUACCCAACAUGCAGCUGGGAAGAGGAAAAAACUAAAACAGGGAAUUGUAUGUAUUGCACCGUCUUUGCUAUUGCUUCUUACCAAUGAAAUCAAUUGGCAAUCAAUGAAAGGCACAUUACUGUGGCUUGUGAACCACAAGUGGUCUUCAGAAUGCUUGUCGGUGGUCCCUGGAGAGCUGUCACCUGAUACUGGGUCUCCCUUUGUUUCCAGCUGUCGUCACAUAGUACUGGAGCCUUCUUUGUUUCCAGCUGCUAAAUGGCAUUAAAAGAAACUCAAACCACAUUCAGUACUGACCUAAAUAUUUCCUCUCCAGAUGAGCAAUGACAAUUGCUGUUUGGAUGUUAUGUGACUGUGAAUAGGAAAGGAGAAACCCACACAGUCUCUGUAUUAAAAAUGCGGGUUGUGCUAUGAACAGAGUUGAGAAUCCCAUGUAGACCGGAUAGUUCAGAAGUAGGAGGGAAGAGUUCAUAGUCAUGGAAUAGUUCAUGCAUUACAUACCUGAUACCACUAUUAUAUAGAAGAAGAUUAUUCUUGUGCUAAAUUCAUCCCUGGUGUACCUGCACUAACUUGAAAGCAUUUUCAAGUGGGAUGAACUCAUCCCGGUUGGUUACUCCUUUAUGAGCCUACACUUAUAGUUACAUUUGGAUAGUCCUGGUUCUGUGCAACAAGUAUUAACCCUCAAAGUUAUGAGCAAGUGAAUCCUGCUGCUUAUAACUUGGUCUGGUGUCCUUAUAAAUAGUAAAUGAGCUUUACAAAAUAUCCAGUUCAGGUGUCAAACAUGAGUUUUGCAUUAUCUAGUCAUAAAUUUAGGAAGCUUUUUCUUCUCUAAGGCCAAGCAUUUUGAUUGCAUCAAUUUAGCACUCAGUGAGGCUGUUAACUUUGCAGAGCCCCAGUGAAAAUGGAACUGGAGAGAGUUUGAGGUACGUGCCAUUGCCAGAAAUCAGCUUUGACCUGGAACACAACGAUUGUAUAUAAUGGGGCUUUCUACAAACCAUGUAACUAGGUGAGUAUUGUUUUGGACAGUUAGAUAACAGCUCUGGCAACACUUUAUUUCCAGCUGCAGAGGAAUGUCAGAUCUUUAGGUAACAUGAAUGGCUUGCAUAUGGAGUAUUUGUGAGUGGUAGAGAGAAUUCUAGUCCACCCAGAUGCCCAUAUUUCUGUAUCUUGUCUUUAUUUUCAGUCAUAGUUUUGCAGAAGAUUGUGUAAACUUUACCGUUCUAGAACUAAUUUGUGGCAGAUUGGUAACUUCUCUCAUGUGUAACUACAAAACACACUGCAUUAUGACAUCAUCCUGGGAUGUGUGUUAAUGUGUGGCAGUAAUUGGGUUUGAUGUGACUUCUGUGGCUUUAUGGAGGCAACUUGCCUCUGAAUUCAAAUCCCCACAGUGCUUGAGGCCCCAUUAUGAUUCCUGUGGUGCUAUUCAGGUUUUGGGACGCAUUCCAGUAACAAGCUCAAGCCAAGACUGUUGAAGAGAGUGAGACCAAGCAACAGCCUUUUGUCCCCCGUGUGGAAGCUCCUGCACUAAGUGGUCUGAUCUAGAGCUGACCUUCAGGUGGUGCUGCUAUUUCAGGCUUUCCCUGGAUGGUGGAUUAAACACGGUGCAGAGAAGCUGGUAGGGGGUGAAUGUUGCUUGUUUGUGGGUCAGAAGCUUUUCUCUGAUUGUUGACCCAGCUGAGGCUUUGAAUAUAUUUUUACACACUGCCUAGCAUUCUAGACAGCUGUGUGAUGAAGCUAAAGAGCUAUGUUCCAUUAAUAAUAGAUCUCCUGCCUUUGGUCCUCACUGCACUGCUUUGGGAGCAUGGGAGGUUCAUUUUGAAUAGGACACUCCUCUAGGGAGGGUACAAACCUUUCUUUAGCCUUGGAGUUGGGAGGAGCUGUGACAUCCCAUGCAGCUUUGUUUGCCCUGUAGAUGCUGUUCAGCAGAAAAGCCAGGCUGUCUUCUUGAAAACAGAGUUAAUUCCCCUGCAUUCAGAGGAAGGGAAACAAAGGAGUUGAGGCAUAAAAAUAAGAAGUGGGCUAGGCUUUGUCUCCUCAUUUACACUCCCUUUCCCUGGAAGGGAAAAUACUUGUUGAGUCCAGUCUACUGGCUACCUGAAGAAGGUGAUGAGAUGGGAAAAGGGCCACUAGAUUGACUCCCCAGGUCUUUAGAUCCCUCCUGCAUGAGGGCUGGCCCAUGAGAGGCCUCACAAGAUAAUGUCCUUUUGCCUCUGUGUAUUUGGGGCGGUCUGGCCUUACUCAGCUAGUCCGAUGUUCACGACCUAUGAAUAACAUUAUAGAGUAAUCUGCAAGUGCCCUAGCCUCUGACACACACAAACCCAAAGCUGAGCCCAGAGUCAGUGAAUCAUCUGGAACUUUUAUUACACCGAUUUGGUUUACAAUCUUUGUACUUUUGAUAUUUCCAACAAAAAGGCAACAUUGUGAUAUACUGUUUGUACAUAAAUACAGACAGAGCUAGAUCAUAUUGACAUAUUUAAAAGUAAAAACUGUUCCCAAUGCUCGCUAAAGAGUUUGUUAGAUCCCCGCCAGUGCCUCACUCCACACAACGGCUACAAACCCGCGUGGCUCUGCUGCCUGCACACCCCAGGUCAAUGGGGCCUUUAGCUACUGGAUGCAAUGGAUUUAUAGAUCAGACAGGAUAUGGUGUGAGGUCAUCACUGGCAGCAAAGGCCGCCUUCAAGGUGUGUCAGUAGCACUGCCCUAAAACCAUUGCAAAUCAACAUAUUUGCUCCCUUCCAAGCCACACAUGAACACUCUGGGAACUUGCACUGGCAGGAGCUAUCACCAACAUAAGAGAAGUUAACCACGGCAGCUAUAAAAAAAUCUUUCAAGACAUCUCCAGAACAUCAGCUACUCAUUACCCACUGCUUAGCACUUCAUGUUAAGGUGGGAGAGGGGUUUUUUAAGUUUACAAAACAUUUUCUUAAAGAAGUGACACAGCUGAAGUAGACAAGAUUUUGUUUAGUAACCUUGGAAAAGCCCAAGGACCAGAUUCAGCCAUGCAGGGCAGGCUCUGUUCCCAACAAUGUUGUUGGACCAGUUACAACAGGGAUAGAUACGAUCCAAGAACAACUCCGUAAAUUACUAGUGCAGCUCACUUCCCAGAGAGCAGAGUGAUGCAGUGAAAAUAAAAGUUCAACGUGGGCUGUAGCUGUGUUCCCAAAAUAUAUCCUAAACCACCUUGCAGCAAAUGCACACAUACUUUAUUCAGCAGCAUCUGCCCUGAGAAGUGGUUAGAAGUAGGCAAACACGGCAAAAAAGGGGUUGUGAAUAUUAUAAUAAACAUUGUAUUAAAUAGCCUUCCAGGCAUUCAUAACCUUAUUCCUAUAAACAAUCAGAGGAAAUUGUGCAAGCAGCUGAAGUAGUGUAUGUAUCUUACAAAUGCAUGUCAGUGUGGAAACUCAUGGGGAAUAUCCAUUCAGACUGAAAUCUCUCUAACUUCCCUUUUCUGACAUAUAAAAGUUUGCUGCCCAGCCAGAGAGCAGACACAAAACCAUGUGACUUGGCUGUCCCACCACAGCCUGCCAAACAUGGAUUCAGGAAGUGAAUAACAUAUUAGUAGACACAUCUUUGGACAAUUUCAAACAAACCAUUUAGUAAAACACCAGGCGUGGCCAUGGGCAUUCAGUAACACAAAUAGGGGCCAAUUCAUAGACCGCCAAUAGCUCACCUAGUGCUAGGGGAGAUCAUCAAUGCCAUGAGACAUGAAGGAGUAGGUCAAUUUUGAGACCUCAUUGCAAAGCCAAAGGAAUGAUCUUCAGCUCCUAAGUCUAAGAGCAAUUUCUGCUCCAGUUGGCUGUAUGUUGAGGAGCCUCAAAUGAUGCUUGUGCCCUAUCCAGCAGCGCAAAGAGCCAAAAGCAGGGAGAGCCACUCAGAUGAGACAGCAUUUCUUUGUGUGCAGCGGGAGGGGUGUUUAAAAAGUGCCUCCUCAAAUUUUGAAUUCCUAGAAACAACACUAGAGCUUUUGCUUUAAAUGUGCAAAUAAAUGCCUCCACUUGAGCUGGACAGGCGGAAAGCUGGUUCCUUAAAGUAGCAGAUGGCAAGCGGGACUUCUGCUUGUCAGAUUUGAAUGCAUACGAUGGAAAGGCCAUAUCUCUGUGGCUGGCUGCCCAAAUCACACAGCUUCUGCUAUAAGCAAGUGGGGUAAUUGCUGUCUGGACACCUUCAGAAAUGUCUCAUGAAAUAACCAGCCCUAGCUGGGAAAUGGACUUACUUUGGGGAAGGGUGAGUAGGCACAGAUCUCCUUAUUUCAGUCAGACCCCCUGCUCACACUGAGCUUCCUCUAUUUGUUGCCAAGGCAAGCAGGGGUGGAGAAGCAUCUCUGCAGCUGCCUAGUCUGCCUUUUGUGCGUUAUGCCAGCCAGACACCGAGAGGUGCUGGAGAAUGGCAAUUUGGAGGCAGGCUGGGAAGAUGAUGC